GGUCCCAGGAGGUGGUGAACAUGGCCGUGAUCGUGCCCAAAGAGGAGGGCGUCAUCAGCGUGUCAGAGGACAGUACCUCAAGACAUAAAUUAGAAGUGAUCAAGUUCAGAACUAAUCAAAGUACUCAAAUGCCUGACAGUUCGCGUUUGGCUAAAGAGAGACAGUGGACAAUAUUGGCCAAGCAUAUACCACGCAAUGCCUUCUCCAUGUUCAUGCAUGUCUUUUAACCCGGAAACAAGAAGACUGUCCAUAGGUCUAGACAAUGGUACAAUCUCAGAGUUUAUUUUGUCCGAAGACUAUAACAAGAUGACUCCUGUGAAAAACUAUCAAGCUCAUCAGAGCAGAGUGACGAUGAUCCUGUUCAUCCUGGAGCUGGAGUGGGUCCUGAGCACAGGACAGGACAAGCAGUUUGCCUGGCACUGCUCUGAGAGUGGGCAGCGUCUGGGAGGGUAUCGCACCAGCGCCGUGGCCUCCGGCCUGCAAUUUGAUAUUGAAACCCGGCAUGUGUUUAUUGGUGACCACUCAGGCCAAGUGACAAUCCUCAAGCUGGAGCAGGAAAGCUGCACACUGGUCACAACGUUCAAAGGACACACAGGUGGGGUGACGGCUCUCUGUUGGGACCCAGUGCAGCGGGUGCUGUUCUCAGGCAGUUCCGACCACUCUGUCAUCAUGUGGGACAUCGGUGGGAGAAAAGGAACGGCUAUCGAACUCCAAGGACACAAUGACAAGGUCCAGGCCCUUUCCUAUGCACAGCACACGCGGCAACUCAUCUCCUGCAGUGGCGACGGUGGCAUUGUCAUCUGGAACAUGGACGUAGAGCGGCAGGAGACCCCCGAGUGGUUGGACAGUGAUUCCUGCCAAAAGUGUGAUCAGCCUUUUUUCUGGAACUUCAAGCAAAUGUGGGACAAUAAAAAAAUUGGCCUAAGACAGCACCAUUGCCGCAAGUGUGGGAAGGCCGUCUGCGGCAAGUGCAGCUCCAAGCGCUCCUCCAUCCCCUUGAUGGGCUUCGAGUUUGAAGUGAGGGUGUGUGACAGCUGCCACGAGGCCAUCACAGAUGAAGAGCGAGCACCCACAGCUACCUUCCAUGACAGUAAACACAACAUUGUGCAUGUGCAUUUUGAUGCAACCAGGGGAUGGUUGCUGACUUCUGGAACUGACAAAGUUAUUAAGUUAUGGGACAUGACCCCAGUGGUAUCUUGAUGACUCUCCCAGGACUCAGAAAGAUAGUAUUUACUAAAGAAAUGGUUGUUUUAAUCCAAAUGAUUACUGGAGAAGUAAAGCAGACGCGUGAGAAGUAAAACAAACUAAAGGCCCUGGGUGACUGUGCAUCUUACCUACGCAGUCAGGGGUGGGCGUGCAGCAGGAUGUUCACGGGGACUUUUCAACUUGUUCAUACAAUCUAAAGAAGAUAUUUUUUUAACAAAUGGUUUAUACAGUCUGGCUAUGCUUCAUUGUUUCAAGUAUGCUAAAAACUUCGUGUUGGGUGUUUGAUUUUUAUAUUUUCUAGCCCUCCAUUUUGCCUGUUGCUUUGUGUGUUGGAGAAAAAAGAGAACUAUGUUGUUCAGAGUAUUUUGGUCAUUAUGAAGUAGUUUCCACGUUUUCUUCACUGUGGCAUGUGGCCAGCGUCUUUUUGUUCUUUAAUUUUAUCUACUUGUACCUUCUCUCUCUUUUGCCAGAGUAUAUGUAUUUAUGUGUUUAUUCCCAGUGUUUGUGCUUUUGUUUCUUCUAAAUGGAGAGAUUGGAAAACCGUUUGUUUUGCUCCACCAGCCAACUUCUCGAAGCGCCUAAAGAAUGAUCCAUUUCUAUUGUCUGACGUGUUCAUGUUCUCACUGAGUAGAAAUGACUUCCUGUUUUUGCCUCAGGUUUCUGUGUUUCCCACUUUAGAAAAUGCUGUGAGAAGGUAUUGCCAACAUCAUCAUCACAGAAGUAGAUGACUGGAGCUCACAGCUUCAACCAUCAGUGCCUGGAUCACGUAGCAUCACCUAGGGCCUCCUGAGCCUUUCAUGUGUUAGCGUGUUUUUUGCUUUGUUUUGUUUUGUUGUUUUUUACAUAGCUCUUAUAACAUUCAAAACAAAAACUUACAAACUCCAAAAAUAAAUGUCUUUAAGAUUUGUUUUCCUGUGCCAUAUCAUCUCUGAACUGGAACAUGUAUUGCUGUAAGAUUUGAGUCCUCAAAAAAAAAGGUUGUAGUCCUGCUUUGUCACCAUCUUCACCUUCUUCCCCUUCAAAAUACAGACAUUCAAAUAUUUUAUCUUACUGUAUUUCAUCUGAACAGGUUGCAUACUUUCAUACUGAGACUAUAUGUGAUCUGAGAUGUGUAGGUACUAAAUGCGAUAGCUCCUGCUGUGUUCCUCUUGGGGACAUAAACGAGGGUUCCAGAAUAUGCACAUGAAUUCUUGCUUCUAAGGGAAUCUGAUCAAACUUGAUAAAUGAUUACCUCAGGAUACUGAAGUCCUUUUUUAAAACCCUAUUUUCAGUGUAAAAGUAGAAUUAAAAUUAGUGGCAAGCAUGUGCCAGGUAUGCACUUUAUAUGGAUACCCCAGGCUUAGCACUUUAUAUGAAUACCACCUCAUGGGGCUGGGGAGAUAGCUCAGUAGAAUAAGUGCAUCCCUGGCAAGCGCAAGGGCCUGAGUUCAAUCCCCAGUUCCGCCAAAAAAAUGAAUACCACUUCAUGAGAUGCUCACGUGUCAGGACUAUUCAGGGUUCACCACGCCUCUUGAACAUAUCCAGGUUAAAUGAAGUCUCACAGAUAAACAGAUUGCUCGUUUGCUUUUCCCCUUCUGGGUCCUGUCUGCACCAUAGAUAUUCACUUCUGAUUUGACAAGUUUGGGGUAAUAGAUAAAUAGAAUUUGAGUGAAAUAGAAAUCCUCCCUAUUAUUUUUUUUUUCUUUUUCUGGCAAGUAUUUACUCCCCUUACAAUUAUUCAUUACUUUUCUAACUGGCGAUACUUUAAAGCUAUACUUGGAUACCACCCCAGCCCUGACCCGUGUACUCCCUGGGGAUGGGGCUUCCUGGAGGUAACUCUGCUGAUCCAGCAUGGGAAAGCAGGGCCAAAGUGUGUGUCCUGUGUAUCCAUGGCACAUGACAGCCAUCGCCUAAGGCCAGCACUCUUGAGGUACACAGACCUGCAGUGCACACAUAAGGACCAUUGAUUAUUCUUCAUUGUCCCUCCCACACUGCUCUUGCUUGUGUUCCAUCAGAGCUGUUAUAACUACUUCCAAGUCUGUUCUACAUGGUUGCUCUGUAAGAGAGCUUUUCAAAAGAGAUUGCAUUUAAAGUAUUAGAAUAUCUGUUUUGUAGUGAAUUACUAGAACCUGUGGCCACUUACUAUGUUAUAUGCAAUAGGCCAGUCAGAUAGCUCAGCGAUUUAAAAUGCCUGCUUAGGCAGAUGCAGGGACCAGGGCUC